AAAGCUGGGGGAGGCGCUCAGGCUGCCGAGGGCGGAGGGCGGUGGCAGAGGUGGCAGCGCUGGCGCCGGGGACCGGCUCGGCGGCUUCGCGAAACAGCUCGGCGACGGCGGCCGCUCGCUGGACUCCGCAUCCCGCCCUCGGCACAGCUCGCAGCCCCCUGGCCACGCGCGUCCCGCAAUGUGUCCCACGGCCCGGGCGUAGCCGCUGCGCGUGCGCGGAACCGCGGGGCCAUGAGCGAAGCCGGAGGCGACCGGGGCUGUGGGUCCCCGGCCCCCCAGCGAGCGCCCUGGAGCCUGGUGGCGACGACGGCCGCGCUCUGCCUGGUGACGGCCACGUCCAUGUGGACGGCGGGGGCCGCGCCCAUGACCAGGGAGGAGAAACAGAAGCUCGGGAAUCAAGUACUGGAAAUGUUUGAUCAUGCCUAUGGCAACUAUAUGGAGCAUGCUUACCCAGCUGAUGAACUCAUGCCUUUAACCUGCAGAGGUCGAAUUAGAGGCGAGGAGCCAAGUCGGGGUGAUGUUGACGAUGCCUUGGGAAAAUUUUCCCUGACACUGAUUGAUUCUUUGGACACUCUUGUGGUAUUAAAUAAAACUAAAGAAUUUGAAGAUGCAGUGAAAAAAGUUUUAAGAGAUGUUAAUUUAGAUAAUGAUGUAGUUGUAUCAGUCUUUGAAACAAACAUCAGAGUUCUUGGGGGUCUUUUGGGUGGACACUCAUUGGCAAUCAUGCUGAAAGAAAAGGGCGAGUACAUGCAGUGGUACAAUGAUGAACUUCUGCAAAUGGCAAAGCAAUUGGGUUACAAGCUUUUACCAGCUUUCAAUACUACCAGUGGCCUUCCUUAUCCAAGAAUUAAUUUAAAGUUUGGUAUCAGAAAACCAGAAGCUCGGACAGGAACUGAGACGGAUACCUGUACAGCAUGUGCAGGUACCUUGAUCCUUGAGUUUGCUGCUUUAAGUCGAUUCACAGGAGCAACAAUAUUUGAGGAAUAUGCAAGAAAAGCUCUUGAUUUUCUCUGGGAAAAAAGACAGCGAAGUAGUAAUUUAGUAGGUGUGACCAUAAAUAUCCAUACAGGAGAUUGGGUGCGAAAAGAUAGUGGAGUUGGAGCUGGCAUUGAUUCCUAUUAUGAAUAUCUGUUGAAAGCCUAUGUCUUGCUUGGAGAUGACAGUUUUCUGGAAAGAUUUAAUACACACUACGAUGCCAUAAUGCGGUACAUCAGCCAGCCCCCUCUGCUACUCGAUGUGCAUAUCCAUAAGCCAAUGCUGAAUGCUCGGACUUGGAUGGAUGCUUUGCUUGCCUUUUUUCCAGGUCUGCAGGUCUUAAAAGGAGAUAUUAGACCUGCUAUUGAAACUCAUGAAAUGUUAUAUCAAGUCAUUAAAAAACACAAUUUUCUACCAGAGGCAUUUACCACAGAUUUUAGGGUACAUUGGGCUCAACAUCCUUUAAGACCGGAAUUUGCAGAAAGUACCUACUUCCUGUAUAAAGCUACAGGAGACCCUUACUACCUUGAAGUAGGGAAAACACUUAUUGAAAACUUAAAUAAAUAUGCUAGAGUGCCUUGCGGAUUCGCUGCCAUGAAGGAUGUUCGUACCGGAAGUCACGAGGACAGAAUGGAUUCUUUCUUCUUGGCUGAAAUGUUUAAAUAUCUUUACCUGUUAUUUGCGGAUAAAGAAGAUAUUAUUUUUGACAUAGAAGAUUACAUAUUCACAACAGAAGCUCAUCUGUUACCUCUCUGGCUCUCUACUACAAAUCAAAGCGUCUCUAAGAAGAGCACAACUUCAGAAUAUAUAGAACUGGAUGACAGUAAUUUUGAUUGGACUUGUCCAAAUACUCAGAUUCUCUUCCCUAAUGAUCCAUUGUAUGCUCAGAGCAUUCGUGAACCCUUGAAAAAUGUGGUGGAUAAGAGCUGUCCUAGAGGCGUCAUCAGAGUCAGAGAGGAGAGUUUCAGGAGUGGAUCUAGACCCCCGCUGAGAGCCAGAGAUUUCAUGGCCACUAACCCUGAGCAUUUAGAAAUCUUGAAGAAGAUGGGGGUGAGUUUGAUUCACCUCAAAGAUGGGAGAGUCCAGUUGGUUCAACAUGCAAUCCAAGCUGCUAGUUCAAUUGAUGCUGAAGAUGGGUUGAGGUUUAUGCAGGAGAUGAUUGAAUUGUCAAGUCAGCAACAGAAAGAACAGCAGCUACCCCCACGAGCUGUACAAAUUGUUUCCCACCCAUUUUUUGGCAGGGUAGUAUUGACUGCUGGACCAGCUCAGUUUGGGCUAGAUCUGUCUAAACAUAAAGAGACAAGAGGAUUUGUUGCAAGCAGUAAACCAUAUAAUGGUUGCUCAGAGCUUACUAACCCCGAGGCAGUGAUGGGAAAAAUUGCUUUGCUACUAAGAGGACAGUGCAUGUUUGCAGAAAAGGCACGCAACAUCCAGAAUGCUGGAGCCAUCGGUGGCAUUGUCAUUGAUGACAAUGAGGGAAGCAGCAGUGAUACUGCCCCUCUGUUCCAGAUGGCAGGUGACGGAAAGGACACAGAUGACAUCAAGAUCCCCAUGCUGUUCCUGUUCAGUAAAGAAGGAAGUAUCAUACUGGAUGCUAUCCGGGAAUAUGAGGAGGUGGAAGUGCUCCUUUCUGACAAAGCAAAAGAUCGAGAUCCUGAAACGGAAAAUGAGUCUCAGAAUCAGAGUGCUGAACAGACCACACCAGGCUCUCAGGAGGUGGAUUUGGUGGAUGGGGCGUCUCCGGAGGACAGCCCUCUGAACUCUCACCCAGAAGCAUCAUCUCCGGCAGCUACGGACAGUGCUGCUGCGAGCGCUUCUCCUUCCCAGCAGAAUUCUGAUCCCACGGAAAACCGUGGGCCUCCAGGCUUUGAUGGUGAAUGUACAUAUUUAGAUGAAGAUGAAGAACAGUCAGAAACUGAGGAAGAUUCCAAUCCCAACGCCAGCUGGGGUAAAGAGGCCCAGCCCGUGCACCCCAUACUGGCAAACUGGAAUGAAGAUAUGGAAGCAAUUGAGAUGAUGGAGAAGGAAAUGAAGAAGAGGGAAAUGAUGAAGGGCGAACUAUGACUCACUGAAGAAGCGGUGGUAGGUAUUUAAAAAUAGGUAAACUGUGGUUAAUAGACACCCUCAUACUAAGCAGGCUCUCCAGUGGGAGGCUUUAGUAUGGUAACGAGCAACCGCGUUCUGACUGGGAUAGUUGGUUAUAGGAGCCUGGAGCUUGCUAUGUUAGAAUUGACCUUGUUUCAAACUGUCCCAUGAGAAAUGGAAACUCACAGUCCCCUCGAUGGCAGCACCGCACCACCCUGCAGCGCCUCAGGCCGGGAGACUACUGGUGGACGCGCCUCUGAUCCAGGUUUCUGCAGGCUCUGGACAGACGAGAAACAAAUCCGGUUAGUGGUGGGGUGGGGAGUAGGAACUCGUAUUGUUUCCUAAUUAAAGGAAGCUUGACAUUCUAGGUUUGGGGGUUAGAGUCUCUUGGGAAACACCAAGCCUAUUGUGGGCAUUCUGGUUGUGCUGCCUUCACAGAAACACUCGAAGUGACCUAAGUGGUUAUGAAGCAAAUGUGUUCACGGUGAGACCAGUCUUGCUCAUCACUUGCUUCCUUGUGUAACAGAUGAUCAAGAUGACUUGAUUUCCCCCCCCUCUUAACCAUGUCCUUUUCAUUUAAACCAAAGGUGAAGCCAGUGUGCUUUCUCAGUGAGUUCUCUGCAUAAGGACUAAUCAUUGGGACCAGGUAAAAAGGUCAUCUACUAUAUUGUGGAAAUUGGUUACUUAGUACUUUUGAAAAAUGGAGCAAGGGAGAAACUGUAAUGUUGCAAUAAGAGCUUGCCAUUGGGCCUUCCAUAGGGAAAGCUGUGACGACUCUGAAGUGGAACUUAAUGCUAGAUCCUUAUAGGGUGAAUGAUAAACCUUUUCCAGCUCAUUUCUCUUAGAGGCGAUUCCCUCUAGUCAUCAGCCUUACUCCAUCCCAGGUUUAGUAUGCAGUUUGAGCCACAAGGCCCAGGUGACUGAUAGCUUAAUACAUUUUGUUCCAUUUCUGUCUUAGGAAGCCAUGGUCAUGCUGUGGUAGUGAUCUAAAAAUCCUGGGGUAACUGUGCUUCCUAAAGUUGUACCUAAGGAGCCUGUCACAUUUUCUGUUGAAUCAUGGUUUUUAAGUUUUGCUUUUUCUUUUUAAAACAAAUAUUCCUUCUGAUAUGGACUUGAAAAUUAGUCUAUGGUAACCUGUGUAGAAAACUUACACAGUACCAAGUACUAACAUGCAGCCAUAUAGCUUAAUUUUUUUUUUUUUUUUUGGUGGCAGUCUGGAGCUGGCCACAUUUAAUUUUUUGUUGUUGAUAUCUGUAGACAGUCCUGUAGUUGAAAUCAUAACUUUAUUCAUUUUAUUUAUUUUUUUAAUUUACCUGAAUGUGUUCUAAAGGCAUAUUUUUUAUGAGACUUAAUUUUCUUUCUCUUUACCAUGACAUUACAUAUAACCUUCUCCUAAGACAGUUUUGAGGUACUGACGAACUGAAACUGUGUAUGAAGCUGUUAAAAAAACAGCAGUGCUGUAUUGUACUUGUGUAUAUUCAUGUACAGUGUGUCUUAGAUCCAGGUAGAUGUAUUCCUUUAUAAGAGGAAAAAUCGCUGCUUUCAGAAACUCCAGCUAAACUUAAUUGGGUCAGUGAACCAUAAAUCUAAUAGAGAAUUCACUUAGGGGGUGUAGAUUAGUAUACAAGACCUUCAUUGGCCCUUGAUUAAACCUGACACCAAAAUGGAUAUUUUUUAGUCACUGCAUGUGAAAUUUGGCGUAAGAAGAUAGAACUAUAAUACAUAGAGUUCAUGAAGGGAUAGACAUAGUGCUUUAUUCACUUUAAUUGUAAAGCUGCCAAAAUAGCUGAAGCUUAAUUACUUGCCUUGAUUUAUAGGAUUGGGGCUUGGCAAAAGGGAGCAGAUGUUCCUCUAAGACUUUGAUUCCAGAAGCCUUAUAUUUAGUGAUUUGAUUUUGUUUGUAGCUCAGAGCCAUUGUUGUUUAAAUCUCACUUUUCUAAGUUAUCAAAACAACGUUUUUUUCUCCCCAGCAAAUAUUUUUGUGGCAUAGAAGGAAAAGCCAGCUUAUUGCCACUCUACCUUCCUUUGGCCAUUAGGGGGAGCUGUUGCCAUUCAUUGAGGUCUAGAAGCAAAUUGCUUAGGAAAGUGAAUCCUUAUAAAACAGGAAAGAAAAUUAAGUUACACUCAACGCCCAGAAGGAAUUAUACUUGAUUUUUUCCCCAUUUAAGAAAAGGUAUAACUCUAACAUUGCCUCUACAUUUCUUAUUUGACAUACUGCCAUGAAGUUAGUUUUUCAGUUCAUUAAAAAUUCCAACAGCAUUAGAGUUUUUUUUUUUUUAAAUACCUUCUAUAGAGAUUUUAUUUACUUCCUAAAGAUUCAGGGGAGUCUAUGAAACCCUGAAUUUUAGAAACAUCUGGUCUACCUCAGUUAACUGUUGACUGCAUAGAAAUAGAGCUGAAGUGAUCACCACAGCCAUAAAAUUGACUAAGAAGGAUUUAUACAAUGUUUACAAACCUGGAAUCAAGUAAGACUAUUAUCUGAAAGUUAUUAGAGUAAGUAUUUAAUUCAGGUAUUUAAGUUUAACUUGUUUACCAACUAAAAAUAGCUGUAGUUUUUUCUGCUUACCAGAGUUCAUUGAAACGAUAUUCCCUUAAUUUGCAAUACCUUAUUUCCCAUAAAGUUUUAGAUGUGAAAGAAUUGUAAUUUACUAGUUUGGCGCAGGAUAUUUUGUUGGGUAGGUUUUCUUUUUAACCUUAAUAGGCUUCCAACAAGAACAUAGUUAUUGUUUCAGAACAAAUAAUUUUUGACAUUAUACCUUUUACUUCACAGUAUUAAAGAGUAAAAUGAAAAAUUGUGCACGCUCUGAUAAUUACUCCCUUGAGAAUUUGUCUCAAAUUACUGUCACACAGCCCUUUUCAUAGUAAAACCAGCAUUUGUUCUCUCACCAAACCCCAUGCCAAAUUCAUCAUAAAGAAAGCUCAGCAUAAGUAAUUCAAAUAGUGCUUAUAAUUGUUUAUUAGGUGGGGGCAUUUAGUGAAUAUUCCAACCGGUCGUUUUCUGCACAAGGCUUUAGUCAGAACAUAGAAAAAAAACAUUCUGUGAAUGAAAUAUUGUAUGUUCAGAUUUUAUAAGAGACAUUUUUAAAAGCCCAAUUUACAGCCGUAUAUUUUCUUAUGAUGUAAUUUAUGAAAAAGAUGUCUGUACUAACAGGUGCUGUAACACUACUGUUGUUGGAUUUUAUUGUUUGGUGAUAAAUGAUAAAUGUAUACAAUAUUUCUAAGGGAAACUAUGUACUGUGAUGUAAAAGUCUGGGCAAAAUGUAUAUAAUCCUUGUAUAUAAAUGUGUAUCUGAUUAUAAUUACUGAUUGUAAAGAUUUAAUAAAACAUGUAAAUAUU